AUGAAUUGCAUGAAAUAUGAAAUUAGAUCAGCAAUAGGGGAAGUUAUUACGUUGAUAUCUUCACAAAAAUACGAUGAUAAUACACAACAAAUACACAAUAAUAAAGCUUCCCAUUUACAAGGUGAACUUAAUAAAAGAUUUGGAGGAUCAACUCAAAUGUUAUCAAUCUAUGAAAAUGCAAAAUGUAGCGAUGAAAUAUGCGCUGCUUUACUAGGUCGUGUCAAAAUUGCACAAGAGGUUGUUAGAUCCUUGCAAUGUGAAUUACAGGUGAAUGAAGAAAAUUUUAGAAAUCAAGACUAUCAAUAUGAUUGGUUUAAAUUUAUUUUUGCUUUGGAGAAUAUUAAGAA